AUGGAAGAAGCGCAAGAUAGAAACCUCGAUUGGCAAUCGGCCGGAUAUAAAUAUCGUCAGCAAAGCAGCACUUUAUCGACCGGUGUCUUCGAAUGUAAUCGUUUAUGUAAAUGCGACAAACGAUGCCCGAAUCGUCUUGUGCAGCUACCUGCGUUCGUACAUCUACAGGUUUUCAAAACUGCAGACAAGGGCUGGGGAGUGCGAGCGUUGCACGACAUUCCAAAGGGGUGUUUUAUAUCUGUUUAUGCCGGUGAAGUUCUGACCGAUCAUCGAGCAGAUCAAAUGGGACCAAUCUAUGGCGACGAAUAUUUUGCCGAAUUAGACUUGCUUAAAAAUUUCGAGCAGUAUAAGGAAGGCUACGAGUCGGAAGUUGCGGAAUCUGCGGAAAGCGAUUCCUCUGAUUCGAUCAUUGUUGUAUCGGAGUUCAUCAGAACCUAUCCGGACAGUGCUCCAAGGUCGAAGCGUCCUCACCGCUCACCAUCUUUAUGCAACGGCGAUACUGAAGGAUCAGACUUGACAUCGCUGCCUCCUCGUUGGUCGUUCAUGAAAUAUUUUGGUUCGAGUUCAUCGUAUACGAUAAACGGUAAAAAGGUAGGCAACGUUGGACGAUUCUUCAAUCACUCGUGCUCGCCGAAUAUGUUUGUGCAAAACGUGUUCAUCGACACCCACGACCUCAGGCUGCCUUGGAUAGCAUUUUUUGCCUCCAAAAGAAUUCGAGCCGGCGAGGAGAUGUGCUGGGACUACCGAUACACGCCGAACUCCGUACCGGGCAAGGUGAUCUACUGUAAUUGUAACUCGUCGAGGUGUCGCGGAAGGCUUCUGUAG